CACUUCUGUUGGUGUCCAUGGCAUUCCCCGGAGGACGAACUCCAUCCUGCUUGCACUUCUGUUGUCUGUUGGUCUCCAUCACGAGCUCGCGGCAGCAGAGGACCAGGAAACACUGGCCAAGUCCAGUCUCCAGAGCGCGACGGCGACCUCCCCGAGCGCCACCAGCUGCUCCCGCGCGGCGAUUUCCACCCAGCCAGCCUUUGCCUUCUCGGCCGUGCGUUCCUGCCAAUCUGCCGUAUACUCGUCCCGCGCCGGCGUGCCGCGCGUUCGCGAGGCGCCUGAAGAUUUGCUAAAACCCUCCUCCUCCUGCCCAACCGGUAAAACCCCGGCGAUGCGGCGGCUCCCGAAAUCCCUCCUCCUCGCCUGCCUCUCCAGGCCGCUCCGCGUCCGACCCCCGCUCCCACCUCUCCACCCGCCGCCGCCUCCCCACCACGCACGCCCCCGCCGCCUCCCCUUCUCCACGCAAACCCUAACCCGGGCCCCUCCUCCUCCUCCUCCCCCCGAUGCGGCGGCGGCCAAGCCCGCGGGGCUCGCGUUCCUGGAGGCCGCGGAGCUCCACGAGUCCGAGGGCGACCACCGGAAGGCCCUCGACCUCGCCCUCAGGGCGAUCGCCCCGCUGCAGGAUUCCCACGGCGGGUGGUCGCUCCCCGUCGCGCGCGCGCUCCGCCUCGCGGGCGCCGCCGCCUCCCGCGUCGGGCUCGCCGGCGACGGGAUCGAGUCCCUCGGCGCCGCCGCGGAGAUCGUCGACUACCUGGCCCCCGCGCGGCGCGGGGAGCACGAGGUGGCGGCGGUGGGCGCCGCCGUGCACGAGCAGCUGGCGCGCGCGAAGAUGGCCGUGGGGCGGCGGUGGGACGCGGUAGGCGACCUCCGCCGCGCGCUGGAGCUGAGGAGCGGCUGCCUGGAUGAAGGGAGUGCGGAGCUGGGGGACGCCUACAGGGACGUCGCCGAGGCCUACGCUGGCGUGCUAGACUUCGACAAGGCCUUGUCGCUGUGUUUGAAGGCCUUGGGGAUUGCAGAGGCACGAUUUGGUGUGGACUCCACGGAGGUGGCUAAGGUCCGGCGGCUUCUCGCAGUUAUCUAUACCGGGUUAGGUCGCCAUGUGGACGCACUGGAGCAAAUUGAGCUUGCUAAGAUGGUGUAUGAGCCAUUGGGAUUGAAUGUCGAGCUUUCCCAGGUCGAAAUUGAUGGGGCCAAUAUCCGCACUUUGUUGGGGAGAUCUGAGGAGGCUUUGAAUGACCUUAAGAGGGUGAUGAAGCGGGCCGACAAGGUGAGCGAGGAACGUGCACUAGCAUAUGUUACAAUGGCAAAGAUCUUGAGCUCCCAGGAGAGGAUCGGGGACGCAAAACGGUGCUUGGAAAUUGCUCACGGGAUUAUCGACACGAAGGAUUCUGUGAACCCAGGGCGAAUUUCUGAGGCAUAUGCUGAGAUAUCAAUGUUGCACGAGUCAAUGGGAGAAUUUGAAACGUCUUUGAGCUUGAUGAAGAAAACACUUGCAGUUCUUGAGGGUGCCAAGGAUAUGCAGCACGUUGAAGGCAGCAUCUCUGCAAGGAUGGGCUGGAUCCUCCUGCAUACGGGAAGAGUUGCUGAGGCUGUUCCUUAUCUGGAGACUGCAGUUGAUAAGUUGAGGAAUUGCUUUGGGCCGCAGCACUUUGGGUUAGGCUUUACUUAUAAGCAUUUGGGGGAGGCCUAUCUUCAGAUGGACAAACAUGAAUCAGCUGUGAAGUUCCUCACACUUGCAAAGGGUAUUAUUCAUGCUACAUUUGGGCCAACACAUGAGGAUUCCAUUGACAUGAACCAGUCCCUUGCAAACGCGUAUGGACUGAUGGGAAGAUACAAACUUGCUAUGGACUUUCAAGAACAAGUCAUAGAUGCUUACAAAAGCUGUGGCACUGAUUCCUCAGAUGAUCUCAGAGAAGCUUAUAGGCUUCGAGAGCAGCUUAAGAUGAAGGCGAAAGGGUUGCGUCAUGCCGUAUUUCCAGCAAAUUCAUUACCUGUGCUACCUGAACAUAAUGACUAGUGCUUCUCCAUCAAUGUCACAUUUAGAUUAUUUGAUGGUAAUUUGUUAUCGUGCCAGUGUUACCUCCAGCCUUCUAUUUAGUGUCGUUUUCGUUGUUAUAUAUAUUUUGUUACUCUAUAACGUAAUUGGUGAUUUGAACAUGCCAGAAAUCUUGUUUGAGAAAGCUAGUCAAUGAUUAUGCUGUUUGUACCUGAUCAUAGUAUAAUGAAUCAAAUUAUUGACAGUUUUCAUGAGGUGUGGGCAGCGUAGAACUGUAGUCUGUAGGUGGCACCAUGUAUGAAGCGAGGCUUAUAUUCUGCAAUUAUCAAGCCUUCUGACUUCUUUUAUUAAAGAAACAGGAGGUGCAGGCCCUUACUGGAUAUGUUAUAUUAGGAAAUAUAGGUUUGUGCCUACGGUUUUGAUGUUUGCCAUUGCUUUUGUAAUAUCUAGAAUCAUGUCAUCACUGUUUAAAACUUUGUUCCAUUUAUUGUUACUGCCUACCAAUUUUAGUGUUAAAGCUUGUUUGAUUCAAACCACUGAUAAUUGUUUUUUUUAAAGUACACUGGCAAUUGUAUGGCAGUGGCAUAAAGAACAAGGAUGGCAUGAGUCUAAAAUAUUAUAAAACCAACAGUAAAUAUGGAUUUCAUAAUUGACACAGCUAUUUCCUUGAAUGUAUUGAUGUAUGUGGCUCAGUUGAUUACUGAAGGGUGUAUUUGUCUCAGGGCAGCCAACCAAACAGCAUCUCCCAGGACUAGGCAUUUGUUGCUUGCCAAGAUUCUUACUCAACCUUCAACUGGGCCUGACCCUUUUUCAGGAAACAAAAUUGCCUAAAUGUUUGGAAUCUGGUAUAAAUGUUAGGCAACCUGGCAGUUCAUUGCCCAUUGACUUACAUGUUUGAUACAUUUAGAUCUUUCUUUCAGUUUAGUCCCCUGUGGAGAAUGAGGACUCAUAACACAGGCACAAGCUUGAUGAUGCUCAUGGUGAAAAAUUCUCUAAACGCAUCUUUGAGCUUCUAUAUUUGACAUCUGGAUACUUGCAUUAUUAUCUUCCAAUUCUAGACUGCGCGUGCACCACCAAAUCCCCAGGUCCAGAGUUUUCCUCUUCUUUUAAAUAUGGAUGGCUUCUACUUGGGCUAAAUGACGAGCCACUAUCCUGUAAAAGGUCCCCGCACUAACUAUUCUGACGCUGUUUCUAUGGCCAAAUAGUUCGGUCAGUAAAUGCAUGUUUGUCCUUCCUGGGUUUCAGUCUUAUUAUUUGCUUUGUCUAGCAUUACGAGAUUGUUUUAUUGUGCGUAUGCUUUCUGCGAAUCUGCAGGAAGACAUCGAAUAUAUACUGAAGCUUGAUGAAGUUUUAGCGUUUGCAUUGAACUGAUUGAGUCCAUCUUAUGGAAUCUGGUGCCCCCUCCAUCACUAAUCCACUAAGCAUGCUACAGCUAUUAUUUUACAAAUGCAGUUCUAUUGACAGCCUGACGAUAUUGGUUUGGUUGAUUCUGUCAGAUACUGAACCUUACAAAUGGGAGAAGAAUGUAUACUUAUGAGGCCCAUACUGUACUGCAUGAAUUUUAACAAUCGACAGAUAUGUAUUUCUGAGAAGAUCCUGCACGGCGCGGAUGUUAAAUACAGUAAGCUCAAUUUUAUAGCUAUUUUGGAAUCAAGUUGUGGACCACUGCAACAGAAAUUGGUGGAUCUUGAUGUCUUUUUGUCAGGUAGAGCACUGCACAUAUUGUGCUACAACUACUGUUUGAUGAUGUUCAACUUCAGUUUAUUCGUUUGAUAUCAAUUGGAUGUGUAUGUUUGGCAAGUUGGAAGCAUCAAUUCAGUAACUUAAGUGAAGUGGGACCGUGGACAAUUUUUCAUGCAUUCUGCAGUGCAGCUUAUUGUACGAGUGCCAGUGACCCAUUUAUUUAUUUUGUUCGUCAGCAA